AAAAAAACUCGUUUGGUUUGUAGAGUGUGUGUACCCACUACUACACACCUUAUGAAAAGCCUACGUCAUUUCUCAUUUCUCACUCACUCUAACAAACCUACUUUCUCUCUCUUCUCUCUCUCUCUUCAAUGGGUUGUGCUGGCUCAUCUCAGUCCAAGCCUGAUGGGACUGUAAAAAAGAUCCGAAAGCCUAAGCCUUGGAAGCAUCCUCAGCCCAUAACAAGGACUCAGCUAAUACAAUUGCGCGAUGAGUUUUGGGACACAGCUCCUCACUAUGGUGGACGGAAAGAGAUUUGGGAUGCUCUUCGAGCUGCUGCAGAAGCUGAUCUUUCUUUAGCACAGGCAAUUGUGGAUAGUGCUGGGGUCAUUGUCCAGAGUUCUGAUUUGACAGUAUGCUAUGAUGAAAGAGGUGCGAAGUACGAGCUACCCAAGUAUGUUUUGAGUGAGCCAACUAACUUGAUUCGAGAAAGUUAAUAACAAGGAGUAAAUAUAGUAACAUUCAUGGGAAGAAGCAUAUUGUAAAUCCUGUAUAUUUUUAUCUCAUUGAUUUGGUUGGUAACUUUUAUAGGGUAGAAACUUUUUUUCAUAUCCAACUGUACUACUCACCUCACCCUUGACUUUAUGUUUCCUCAAUCAAUGGAACAAAAAUUAUGUCUGUUCUGUAUCAAAUGAUGAUAAGUAUCAUCACUCUUUGGCAAAUACAAACUCAAUUGUGUA